CUGCCCGCCCCUGCACUUCCUGGUGCCCAGACAGUGGAACAGGGCAGAGCCCGUCCGCGCAGCUCCCCCGCGGACAGAAGGAGCCCUCCACUCCCGAAACAGCCAGCUUGGGGGGGAGGGGGACUCCCCCAAGGGGGAGGAGACAACUCCUGGUUGGGAGAGGCUCCUCCCCUCCUCCCCAGCGUCACGGGCAGGGUGUGGGGGGUGUGCCACCUUCCCCAGGUAGGGCCUCCUUCUCCCCCUCCUCCUCCCCCUUCUCCCCCUCCCCCCUCCGCUCCUCAUCCUCAGGGGACCCAGAUCCCCUCCCCAGCUUGGGAGGCUCCGCCAAGAACGGGAAGAGCCACCGAGGAUGAGACUCUUCAGCUGCCUUUGAAGAGGGGGACCCCUCCAACCCCAAACUCCAGGACCAGGUUGUUCCCUCCCUUUGCUGGGGGAACCUUGGAGACAGAACCCAGAAGAACCAUGGCUUCUGAUCUAGAGAGUAGCCUCACCUCCAUAGACUGGCUCCCCCAGUUGACCCUCCGCGCCACCAUUGAGAAGCUAGGGAGUGCUUCCCAGGCUGGGACUCCAGGGGGCAGCCGCAAGUGUCCACCAGGCUCACCCACAGAUCCCAACGCCACCCUGAGCAAAGAUGAGGCAGCGGUCCACCAGGAUGGCAAACCACGAUACAGCUACGCCACCCUCAUCACCUAUGCCAUCAACUCCUCUCCAGCCAAGAAGAUGACCCUCAGCGAGAUUUACCGCUGGAUCUGUGACAACUUCCCCUAUUACAAGAAUGCUGGCAUUGGUUGGAAGAAUUCAAUUCGGCACAACCUUUCUCUCAACAAGUGUUUCCGGAAGGUGCCCAGACCCCGGGAUGACCCUGGGAAGGUGAGAUACUACUUGCUUCCUUUCAUAUAUCUGGGCAAAGGGCAAAUACCAGCAGAGGUGAAACCAUGGGUCUCGGGAGGAAGUUUAGCUUCUGCUUAUGGAUUUCUAUUCUUUCACACCCCUCAGCUAUCCCAGGACUCACCAGAACAGGAGGCAAGCAAGAGCCCUCGGGGAGGUGUUCCAGGGAGUGGAGAAGCCUCACUGCCUCCAGAAGGGAAUCCUCAGAUGUCACUGCAGAGCCCCGCAUCUAUCACCAGCUAUAGCCAGGGCCCAGGAUCUGUGGAUGGUGGAGCAGUGGCUGCAGGGGCUCCAGGCCGAGAAAGUGCUGAGGGCCCCCCUCCCUUAUAUAACACCAACCAUGACUUCAAAUGCUCCUACCCAGAGAUCAGUUUUCAGGAUCUGAGCUGGUCCUUCCGCAACCUCUACAAAUCCAUGCUGGAGAAGUCCUCUUCCUCCUCUCAGCAUGGCUUUUCCUCUCUCCUGGGGGACCUGCCACCCUCUAACAACUACUACAUGUACCAGCAGCAGCCGCCGCCUCCUCAGCAGCAGCAGCAGCAGCAGCAGCAGCCGCCGCCACAGUCACAGCCCCAGCAGUCACAGCCACAGCAGCAGCCGGCACCAGCCCAGGGCCCCUCGACUGUAGCGGGUGCUCCUCCACUGCACACCCCAAGCCCAGAUGGUUGUACCCCACCAGGGGGGAAGCAGGCUGGUGCUGAAGGCUAUGGGCCUCCCUCUGUGAUGGCCAUGCAUCCACCCCCACUUCAGCAUGGAAGCUACCUCCCUCAUCAGCACCAUCCCCACACCCACCCUGCCCAGCAGCCGCCGCCACCACAACCACAGGCACAAGGCCAGGCUCCUAUCAACAGUACUGGUUUUGCCUUUCCUCCUGACUGGUGCUCCAAUAUUGACUCCUUAAAGGAAAGCUUCAAGAUGGUGAAUCGGCUCAAUUGGUCCAGCAUUGAGCAGUCACAGUUCUCAGAACUGAUGGAGAGCCUGCGACAGGCAGAGCAGAAAAACUGGAGCCUGGACCAGCAUCACAUUGCGAAUCUGUGCGACUCCCUCAACCACUUCCUUACUCAGACUGGUCACGUGCCCCCUCAGGGGGGUUCCCACCGGCCACCAGCCCCUGCCCGAAUUGCUGACUCCUGUGCCCUCACCAGUGGCAAACAAGAGCCAGCCCUAAACCAAGUGAAUUCUUAUGGGCACCCACAAACCCCCCACCUAUACCCUGGCCCAUCACCGAUGUAUCCAAUCCCCACCCAGGACUCAGCAGGAUACAAUCGCCAAGCACACCAUAUGGUCCCUCGGCCGCCGGUUCCACAUCCUGGUGCCAAUGAGGAGAUCCCUGAUGACUUCGACUGGGACUUGAUCACUUAGUGCAUCACAAAGUGUGACUCUCAGCCCAGGGCUGGGUGGUGAAGCCUGGCAGUGGGGAAAGAGCAGCCCCAGCCCAUCCCUUCUCCCCUUAUCUGUAUAUAGAUAUACUAUAUAUCCUCUUGUUUUGUUCUUUCUCUGUCAGAGAAGUCACCGCAAGAUGCUGCCGAAGAUAACCCCUUUGUCCUGCCUCAUUCUUCCUCUUUCUUCUUGUUUCCCCCUGAUUCUUUUAUUCUUAUUAUGUUACUAUUACGAUUAUUGGUUAUAUGCGGUCCCCGGUCUCCUAUCCCUAUACCAUCAACCAUGUGCACCCCUUGCUAAUUUAAAGUCAUCUGGCUGGAAGGCGAGGCCAUGAGAGCUACA